AUGUCGAGCUCCAACAGAGGCCGCGCAGGCAAGUACCAGAAGGCCAAGCGAGGUGGCGGCCGACACUUUAGCAAGAACCUUGCACCCCUCGAUGCAGAUGGAGCAGAGCGCUCCAUGUGGGCAGAACCAGUCGAGAAGGAUAGCGACGACAGCAGCGAAGAAGAGUCUUCAGAGGAGGAGUCGAGCGAGGACGAUGAGCCCAAGAAGGCAGGACAGGAAAUGACUCGUGAGGAGAGACGGCAAGCAGCAAAAGCCAAGAAGGAAGCUGCGAUCAAGAAGAAGCAAGGAGUCCCACAACCAGGCGACUUGCCCAGCGACAGCGAGGAAGAGGACGACGAUAUGCCUGUCAACCCCAACCACAGCUCCGCCGCACGCAAGCAGGCCGCAAUAGGCGCAGGAGAUGCCGAAAAGGCCGUAGCGAAAGCGAAGAAAGACGGAGACGUGAGCCAACUCUCACGGCGCGAGCGCGAGGCUCUGCAAGCACAGCAAGCCAAGGAACGCUACCAGAAAAUGCACGCCGAAGGCAAAACCGACGAGGCACGUGCCGAUCUCGAACGACUGAAGCUCGUGAGACAGCAGAGAGAGGAGGCUGCUGCGAGGAAAGAGGCUGAGAAGCAGGAGAAAGAAUUGAUUGAUAAGGAGAAGAAGGAGCAGAUGGCUAGACUUGAGCGUGCGCAAGCUGCUAAGGCGGCGAGAGGUGCUCGGGGUGGGAAGAAGGGGGGCAAGUCUUGA